UGGAGUACAGUUUCUCUAAAUGGAUAACUCAAAAAAUAGGCAUAAUAAUGAUCAUUUGGGUGUGAAUAAGAUGGGCAAGAAUAUACGGAAGAGUCCUUUGCACCAACCUAAUUUUGCUGCUAAUAACAAUGCUAAUAGGCAACAACCGCAGCCUCAGGUUUACAACAUAAGCAAGAAUGAUUUUAGGAACAUUGUGCAGCAGCUCACUGGUUCACCUUCGCAAGAUCCUUUGCCUAGGCCUCCCCAAAAUCCACCAAAACCCCAAAGUAUGCGGUUGCAGAAGAUACGACCACCCCCAUUAACACCCAUUAACCGACCUCAUAUACCCCCUAUGGUCCCUGCUCCCGCUCCUGCUCCAAUGCCUGCUCCACUUCCACCCCCUUUUCCUUACAAUAAUAACUUAAUGAGGCCUCAUGCUCCAUAUGGACAAGCAAUGUCACAAUAUGGACAACUACAACCGAUGGCACCUUGGGACAACUCUGCUUGGCCAAAUACAGCUGAGUCUCCAAUUUCAGCUUAUAUGCGUGACCUUCAAAAUGUUCUUGGAGAUCCUGGUCAUAGGGGAAACCAAGCUCCACUUCAUCCACAUGCACAAUUUCAUCCGCCACCUCAAGUUCAGGGUCAAGCUCACCCUCAGCAGCCGUCAUCUGGUUUGCUUCCAAACCCACCGAUGCCUGGUCUUCCCUCACCUAGAGUAAAUGGUCCAGGUCCAGUCCCAUUGAUGCCUAAUCUCCCUUCCCCACGAAUGAAUGGACCUCCACUUUUACCAUCGCCCACCUCUCAGUUCCUUUUGUCAUCUCCUACUGGUUACAUGAACUUGUUCUCACCACGUUCACCUUAUCCAUUGCUUUCUCCAGGGGCUCAGUUUCCUCCACCGCUGACACCCAAUUUUGCAUUUUCUCCCAUGGCGCAGUCUGGGAUUUUAGGUCCAGGGCCUCAACCCCCACUUUCUCCAGGCGCCUUUUUUCCAUUAUCACCUUCAGGUUUUUUCCCUACCUCAAGUCCAAGAUGGAGGGAUCAAUAACCCAGGCAUAACAUUGUUGUAUUCACGAGUUCCAACCUGAUGUGGAGCUGGUACCUUCUUUAUGCUGACUUAUCCUGUUAUCAUGAGAAAUUCAUUUGUGAAAAUGUAAUGUAUAAUGGUGUAAGAGUUCCUAUCAAAAGUUUGUAGUCUUCUUUUCUUAUGUCUAUUCUCGUAAGUUUUUUGUCCUUUUUUUAUUGAUACCCAUACUGCAGCUUGUUUGAGAUUAGAUUUUGCUUCAGCUGCAAUGCUUUUGUGUUCUUGGGAAGGUUUACAUUAGGUGGAAUAGUGAAGAUCUUACAACUCAACUGGUUACCUUGACAGGAGUUGUAGCAUGAAAGACAGCUUUAGCUUGAAAGGAGUUAGGAAUACAGUCAUCAAAUUUUAUAUGUAGGCAACCUAGUGGAUGAAUUCUUGUGUACUUUUAAUGUUCAAAGCCCUGAUCUUUUGUUUAUUGUACCAUUUUCUGCUCAA